CCUUCACCAUUCUAUCUGAAGCUGAAGUGCUGAACCUAAAACUCGAAAACAGAGUAAGGUGUUGCCACGACAACAGUAAUGGCGGGAGCUACAGCAAGAACCCUCUUCUUCACCGUCUUUCUCUCUUCCUCCUCCUUCACGCGCCUCUCUCGUCGCUCCAAUCUCAUCCCACUCCUCACGCGCUCUAAGCCCAUCAUCAAUGUUCCGCCGCCACGGUUCAGGACCUUGUGUUCUGUCGCCACCGCACCGGAAACUUCGGACACCGAUCACCAGACGAAGCACUCCGUCCUCCUCGAGAAGCUCAGAGCGAGACAUCUCAAGGACAGUGCAAAGAGCUCAGAACUCAAGAGUAAGGACCAAACAAAGAAGAAUUCUUCUUCUUCUUCUGGUGAAAGUGAGAAUUUUGAUGGGGUGGUGGUGAAAAAGAAUAAGCUUGUUGGGAGUUUUGAAGAAUUGGGUUUGAGUGAAGAGGUUAUGGGUUCUGUUAGGGAAAUGGGUAUUGAAGUUCCCACUGAGAUUCAGUGUAUUGGUGUUCCUGCUGUCUUGCAAGAGAACAGUGUUGUGUUGGGUUCUCACACUGGCUCUGGCAAAACCCUUGCUUACUUGCUUCCCCUUGUUCAGUUGCUAAGACGGGACGAACAGUUGAAUGGAAUACAGUUAAAGCCCAGGCGACCGCGUGCUGUUGUGCUGUGCCCUACGAGGGAGUUGUGUGAGCAGGUUUUUCGAGUUGCGAAAUCAAUUAGUCAUCAUGCGCGGUUCAGGUGCACAAUGGUAAGUGGUGGCGGCCGUAUUAGGCCUCAAGAGGAUUCACUUAAUAACCCCAUUGAUAUAGUAGUUGGUACCCCUGGAAGGAUUCUUCAACAUAUUGAGGAGGGCAACCUGGUGUAUGGCGACAUCAAAUACUUGGUAUUGGAUGAGGCAGAUACAAUGUUUGAUCGUGGCUUUGGUCCUGAUAUACGCAAAUUUCUGGCCCCAUUGAAACAUCGCGCAUCAAAGUCUGAUGGCCUAGGUUUUCAGACCGUCUUGGUAACUGCAACAAUGACAAAGGCUGUGCAAAAGCUAAUUGAUGAGGAGUUUCAGGGCAUUGUACAUCUGCGAACAUCAACAUUGCAUAAAAAGAUUUCUUCUGCUCGUCACGAUUUUAUUAAACUUUCGGGUUCUGAGAACAAGCUGGAAGCAUUACUUCAGGUACUUGUGCCAAGCCGAGCAAAAGGCAACAAGGUGAUGGUUUUUUGCAAUACUUUGGACUCUAGCCGUGCGGUGGAUCACUACCUUGUUGAAAAUAUGAUUCCUACUGUCAACUACCAUGGGGAAGUACCAGCAGAGCAAAGGGUUGAAAACCUCAAUAAGUUUAAGAAUGACAUUGAUGAUCGUCCAACAUUAGUUUGCACAGACUUGGCCGCUAGGGGUCUGGACUUGGAUGUAGACCAUGUUGUUAUGUUUGACUUCCCCUUGAACUCUAUCGAUUACCUUCAUCGGACUGGUAGAACUGCUCGUAUGGGUGCAAAAGGGAAAGUAACCAGUUUGGUUACAAAGAAGGACUUGAUCUUGGCCACUAGAAUAGAGGAGGCAAUGAGGAAGAAUGAGAGUUUGGAAGCUAUCACCAAAGAAGGAGUACGAAGGGAUAUCGCCAGGACCCAAGUUAAUGGGCAGAGUGGGAAGGACAGAAAACUAGUUAAAGUUUCUAAAGUUAAGAACAAUCCUGGUGGACGUGCCAGUUCAGGGAAUAAAGGAUCGGAUUUGAAAUCCCGAAAAGGAUCUUCUUCAGAAAGAUCUAUGAAGAAAGGGAUUAAGGUUUCAAAUUCUGUAAAAUCCUCCAGUGCAAAUGGCUCAAGAAAAGCUUCUUCAGGGUAUAAGCAAACAAGUAAAAGGACCAGUGCCACCAAAUCGACAAAUUCUAAACUCAGUGUUGUCGGGUUUAGGGGUCGGAACUCAUCAUCAAACCCCUUGUGAAGUGGGUUGGUGUCUCAUACUGUAACCAAGUAGUAAGUACAUGGCUUUCAGUUCUGUAUUAGAAAUUCUUUCAGUAGUAAAAAAUGUUAUAUUGAUUUCCA